AUGUCCUUCUCCAGUCUCGUCCAGGAACUUAGCCUUCGCGAUGCCAACAGUGCUCGCCGGCCUGGUCCUGCGCCUUCAGUCUCAACAUUCGAUGACCGGGCCUCGCACGUUUCUCGCACCAUGUCUGGUUAUGCCAGCACCGCAGCCACCAGCGUGAGCAUCGCUGGCGACAUUGGCAGCCAGCUUCACGGCGGCUACUUUCACCCUCUGGCUCGAUCCUGGCAGUCUGAGCGCCAGCUGACCAAGUCUAUGCUCAUCUACCCCAUCUUUGUUACCGACGGCGAGGAUGACAUGGUCGAAGUGGCCUCUCUUCCCGGCCAGUUCCAAGUCAGCAUCAGCAGAUUGACUGGCUUCCUCGAGCCUCUCGUCCACAAGGGACUGCGAUCCGUCAUGCUGUUUGGUGUCCCCAUGAAGCCUGGCUCCAAGGAUAUCCUCGGCAGCGCCGCUGAUGACCCCGAGGGCCCAGUCAUCCAGGCUAUUCAACUCAUCCGCCGCCGCUUCCCUCAACUCUUCAUCUGCGCCGAUGUCUGCCUCUGCGAGUACACCUCUCACGGUCACUGUGGCAUCUUGCGAGACGACUGCAGCCUGAACAACCAGAUGUCUGUCGACCGCAUCUCUGAUGUUGCCAUUGCUUACGCAAAGGCUGGAGCACACUGCGUCGCUCCCUCAGACAUGAACGAUGGCCGUAUCCGCGCUAUCAAGCUGAAGCUGAUCGAGGAGGGCAUUGCCCACAAGACGCUCCUCAUGUCGUACUCUGCCAAGUUUUCUGGUUGCUUGUACGGACCUUUCCGGGACGCAGCCGGCUCUGCCCCGUCAUUUGGUGACCGCAGGUGCUACCAGCUGCCCCCUGGAGGUCGUGGCCUUGCUCGCCGAGCCAUUAUCCGUGACAUGAACGAGGGUGCCGACAUCAUCAUGGUUAAGCCUGCUGGUCAGUACUUGGACAUUAUCAGUGACGCCAAGGAACUUGGCAAAGACCUGCCCAUCGCUGCCUACCAAGUCAGUGGCGAGUACUCCAUGAUUCACGCUGCCGCCAAAGCAGGAGUGUUUGAUCUCAAGGCCAUGGCUUUUGAAUCUACAGAGAGCAUUCUUCGAGCUGGUGCCACCAUUGUCAUCAGCUACUUCACCCCCCAGUUCCUCGAUUGGCUCGACAACUAA